UCGUUUUUCUCCAAUGCCGUAUGGUUACAUGAAGCCAUCGAUUGUUCUCAGGCUCUUCACUUGGCCGCUCCUCUGCCUUCUGCUCCUCGUCGCCUCCAGUCGCUUCUUCUCGCACUCUAAUGCUCCAGGCCGGGGCGAUGCGCCCACAUGGAAAGCCCCCUUUCGCCCCGCGGAUUUGAUCCCCGUCCUACCGCGUAAGGCGGCGUGGCCGCUCCUCCGAUCGCUAAGGAGCGCCGCAGACCUCCUUCCGGCGUUUGUAGGCGCCGCAUCCGAUGACAAGGGUGCUCUCGAGUGGAAAGGCGCCUGCUUUUACAAUAACACGGCGUGGAUGGAGUUCCACAACAAGAGUGGGUCCCGAUUCGGGGGCGGGACUCUCCAUAUCGAGAAUAGCAAUGCCCACAGUUGGACAUGCUUGGAUCUUUACCUCUUCGCAACUCCAUACCGUGUGACCUGGGAUUACUACUUCUUGUCGCGGGAACAUACUUUGGAUUUUCAUGAGUGGGUUGUAGAAGCUGAAUAUGAAUAUGUGAAACAUAAUGGAGUUUCAAUUUUCCUAAUGCAAUCUGGGAUGAUUGGAACUCUUUUGGCUCUAUAUGACAUUUUCCCACUGUUUACAAACACUGGAUGGGGUGAAAAUACAAAUCUUGCUUUUCUCAGAAAACAUAUGGGAGCUACAUUUGAGGAACGCCCGCAACCAUGGAUUUCAAGUAUCAAUACUGAUGAUAUACACUCGGGAGAUUUCUUGGCCAUUUCAAAAAUUCGUGGACUUUGGGGUGGCUUUGAAACUCUUGAAAAGUGGGUCACUGGAUCCUUUGCCGGUCACUCUGCAGUUUUCUUGAGGGACUCUGAAGGAAAGCUUUGGGUUGCAGAAUCUGGCCACGACAACGAGAAGGGAGACGAUGUGAUUGCUAUUCUAACAUGGGAUGAAUGGUGGGAAUUUGAGCUCACUAAAGAUGAUACAGAUCCUCAUAUUGCAGUGCUUCCUCUCCAUCCAGAUAUGCGAGCCAAAUUCAACAAUACUGCAGCGUGGGAAUAUGCAAAAAGCAUGGUGGAUAAGCCGUAUGGUUACCAUAAUUUGAUCUUCAGUUGGAUAGACACUGUUAGUGGGAAUUAUCCACCUCCAUUAGAUGCACAUCUGGUGGCUUCUGUAAUGACCGUGUGGAGUCAAUUCCGGCCAGCUUAUGCUGCUAAUUUGUGGAACGAAGCUCUGAACUUCCGACUUGGAACUCAGGGUCUGAAUCUGCCCGAAAUCAUUGUGGAAGCUGAAAAGAAAGGAACGUCAUUUGACAAGUUGCUGACAGUUCCUGAGCAAGACGAUUGGAUCUACGACGAUGGAAAAUCAGCCUCGUGUGUUGCCUUCAUUCUUGAAAUGUACAAGGCGGCCGGAUUGUUUGGUCCCAUCGCCAACUCCAUAAUACAAGUUACCGAAUUCACUAUUAAGGAUGCUUACACCCUCAAUUUCUACGAGAGCAAUUCUAGCCGCUUGCCAGAGUGGUGCAACAAAGACGACGAUGUGAAACUCCCCUUCUGCCAAAUCAAGGGUCGGUAUCGCAUGGAAUUGCCUGGCUAUAACACCAUGCAGCCGUAUCCCCACAUGAACGAGAGAUGCCCGAGUCUCCCACCAAACUAUGCCCGGCCCAAAUAUUGCUGAAUUGGUAUUCAUCUCAUGAGGAUUUGCUUUACCUCUUCAUCCCAAUCUUUCCACAAUCAUGUAUAUAUAUAUAUAUAAGAUUGGGUAGCAUAAGCAAUUAGUUAGCGGCGAAGGAUGUUGUCGUAGCUGUUCUCGGUGGAAAUUGUCCGGAUUUAGUACCAGUCGAAAUUAUUGUAGAUCCUUGUUUAUAAAACCUAGCUCAAUGAAUGGUGUGAACCUCCAUUAGAGGGAGUGGUUAGUAAUAUUAGAUAAUCCAAAACACAAUUAGCAAGGAUGAUUUUUUUU